AUUUAAUUCGUUAAAACACAUUGAGAAAACUAAAACAUUCAGAAUCCACUUUUGUCAUGGCAGGUUCUUGUUCUUCUAAUCGACCACAAGACCUGUUCAUCUUCUUCUUCUUCUUCUUUUUGUUCUUACCAUUUCUCAGCUUGGCAGAAGAACCUGUCGUCAACGUAAACGGUUCUGUCUGGGACUUCCCUUCACAUUCUUCAUCUCCAUCCCCACAAAGCACCUUCUCCAAAAACCUUAACAGUCUUGUCGCUUCAAUCCCUAAUCUACAUGCCAACACCUACAACUUCUACAACCUCUCGGUCGGAGACAUCUCGGAUCAAGAUCGAGUAGAAGCCAUCGGAGUCUGCAACAGAGUAGUCCUGUCAGUGGAUUGUCGUUCCUGCAUCUUUCAAGCCGCACUAAAUCUAACAACAAGCACCUCUCCACAACAUAGAGAAGGUUACUGGAGGUCCACGAAUUGUAUGUUUCGUUACUCGGACAAACCCAUUUUCGGAGUACUCGAAACGAAUCCUGUGUUCGAGGCACUAAACCCGAACAAAUCAACGGGUGAUAGGGACGAGUUCGCUCGGCUACAGAUCGAGUUGCUGAACGGAUUCAGAAAACGUGCUGCAGCAGGUGGAUCUAAGAGGAAGUAUGUUCAAGGAAGUGGUCCUGGUCCUAACUCCUCGACAUUCUUUGGUGCCGUGAUGUGCACGCCGGAUUUGUCUGAGAAUGAUUGUAACGAUUGUCUCAUUUUUGGUUUCGCAAACGCCACAAAAGGGAGAACAGGGCUCAGAUGGUUUUGUCCCAGCUGUAGUUUUCAGAUUCAGACCAACUUGAGAUUCUUCCUUCAUGAGUAUGAGUAUGAGCUUGAUCCACCAUCAGACCAAGAACCAGGUCUUUUAGAUAACUGGUCGCAAGGAGUAGACAAAACAGUUAUUAUACUCGCCACUGUUGGCUCUGUUGUUGGUUUUGCCAUAUUUGUUGUCUGCCUUUACUUCAUAUUGAAAAGGAAGAAAAGAAAGGAAAAACAAAGACAUGAAGGCAAAGAUGUUGUAGAGAAUCAGAUUAUAGAUGAAAACGUAUUGCGACUCGACUUUGAUACCAUCCGAUUAGCAACUGAUGACUUCUCUCCUGGCAAUCAGCUUGGAGAAGGUGGCUUCGGUGUAGUUUACAAGGGUGUUCUUGAUUCUGGAGAAGAGAUAGCUGUGAAAAGACUGUCAAUGAAAUCAGGACAAGGAGACAAUGAAUUCAUAAACGAAGUCUCGUUAGUUGCAAAACUUCAUCAUCGAAAUCUUGUUAGGCUUAUAGGUUUCUGCCUUGAGGGACAAGAAAGACUACUCAUCUAUGACUUAUUCAAGAACACAAGCCUUGACCAUUUCAUAUUUGAUAACGAUAGGAGAAUGGUAUUAGAGUGGGAAACACGUUAUAAGAUAAUCGCAGGUGUUGCUCGAGGUCUUCUUUAUCUCCAUGAAGAUUCCCGUUUCAAAGUAAUUCAUAGAGAUCUUAAAGCAAGCAAUGUUCUAUUGGACGACGCAAUGUAUCCGAAAAUCUCGGAUUUUGGAAUGGCUAAGUUGUUUGAUACAGACCAACCAUGUCAGACUAGGUUUACAAGCAGAGUGGCAGGAACCUAUGGUUAUAUGGCUCCAGAAUAUGCGAUGAAUGGGAAAUUCUCAGUGAAAACUGACGUGUUUAGCUUUGGUGUACUAGUUCUUGAGAUCAUUACAGGCAAGAGAAAUAAUUGGUCUCCUGAAGAUAAAAGCUCAUUGUUCCUCCUUAGCUAUGUAUGGAAAAACUGGAGAGAAGGGAGAGUGUUAAACAUUGUGGAUCCAAGUCUGAUUCAGACAAGAGGUCUAAGUGACGAAAUCAUGAAAUGCAUUCACAUUGGUUUGUUGUGUGUUCAGGAGAAGGCAGAGAGUAGACCAACAAUGGCUUCUGUUGUGUUAAUGCUCAAUGCAAGUUCUUUUACUUUACUGAGACCCUCACAACCUGGUUUCUACCCAGGAGAUGGAGAAUCAACAAGUGGUUCUCCACCGACGAUGACUUUGAAUAGUGUUACAAUCACAAAGGUAGACCCUCGUUAAUUAGUAUGUAAAGACAAGAACUAAGAAAGUCAACUUCGGAAAAGUAUUCUUGAUAUCAAUUGCUGACCAAAAGAUUUGUUUAAGCUUGUGGUCUCAAUUGAUAUUCGCUGUCUGCCUUUGUGGUGAAGAUUCAAAUCCUUGCUUUGACCGCAUAACUCGUGUAAUUGUUUCAUCGACUCUAACACAUAUAUAAAUGCUCUCAUUUAUGUUAGUACAAUCACAUUCACAUGUUUACGUUAUCUUAUUUUUAAUCUUUUUUCUUA